AACAAACAACAACAUUUCAUGGCUGACCUUAGACUUCCCUUGCUCCUAAUCUUCCUAUCCAUCUUCUACACUACUUCUGCAACCAAAGCCAACCAUACCUUCCACGGGCGCUCCCGGGCCCGGGCCUACAUCGAGGCCGCGUGCAGGGACACCCGGUACCCGGACCUCUGCCUAAGGUGUCUCUCUGGCUACGUCGACCGGGCCAACGCGACCAUACAUAGCUCAAAAGAUCUGGCCGAAUACGCCUUGUCAAUAAGCCUCUACCGGGCCCGCUACACACGGGCUUUUCUCGUCAAAGUAGCUAAAGAGCUCAAGGCCAUGAAGGCGGAGGAGUACUUAGCCGUCAAAGACUGCUUGGAUCAGAUAAAUUUAAGCGUUGAACAACUGAGCAUGUCCAUCAAAGAAUUGCGCCGAUUGGGACACGAGACCAAGGGUGAUCAUGACACGAUCUAUUGGCACAUAAGCAAUGUGGAGGCGUGGGUCAGCUCUGCUUUGACCGACGCCAGCAAUUGCGUGGACGCGUUUCCUGGGCGUAGAAUGAGCAAGUUGAAGGCCACGGUUAAGGGGAAGGUCCAGAACGUGGCUGAGCUCACUAGCAACGCCUUGGCCUUGUUUCACCGCUACGCCGCCCGGUACCGAGGCGCCACUGCUGCCGCCACGAAGCCGUAGAAAGGUGUUGAUUAAAUGUUCUCGGAUAAGUGUUUGUUGUUUCUUUGUAAAGAUA